GUAUAUACUGUAUUGAUUAGACAGAUAAAAGAUGAGUAGUUGUUCCCUGUAAACUUGAAACAAUUGCUAUAUAAGCAGUGGCUCUCGGUAAAGAUUGGUACUUUACCAGUAACUAUUUAAAGCAUGAGAGGCUUCGCAAUUAUCGCACUGCUUGCACUCCUUGUGAGUGUCGCGGCUGAUUCAGCGGAGGAUACUACGAUUGAAACCACAACGGACCAAUCAACCAAUCCGGAAACAACUGAAGAGGAUGCCAUAACGACAUUGCCCCCGCCUGUUCUCUGUGAUGAUGAAGAACUCUUUCUCCCAGCACCCGACUGCCGGGAGUAUUACCAAUGUCUAUAUGGAGUAGGAAUCCUGCAAAAAUGCCCCGCUGGCCUGUAUUGGGAUCGUGAGCUGAAUGUAUGCGGCUGGGACUCGCCUUACUGCACUGAAGAGGGAGACAAGUCCACGGAGGCUCCAUCCCUGAGCUGUGCUUCUGGACUACCUUUCUUGCCCUAUCUGCCCGACUGCACGAAGUUCAUCCAGUGCGUCUAUAACAUCGGAUUCAAGCUCAGCUGCCCCGGCGGACUAUACUGGAACCAGCCGCUGCAGUCAUGCGACUUUACCUGCGACAAUACAGUCGAACUCGCAGCAGUCUAGCAGGUGCAAUGAACGGACAAUAAAUUAGGAAGAAUUUUGUAACACACAAAAAAAAUGUAAUCAGAAAUAAACGCAGUAAAACAAAA